CUGCGCUCGGAUUGGAUACACAUUAACCACAGUUUCCUGUAUCCUUCGCUGUUGAACUUGCUCGCUACAAUGACUGCGUCCCAAGUUGUUACGAGAUUAGCUGGCGUUUCUGGGGCGCUUGCCGUGGCCGCUGGGGCUUAUGGAGCACACGGCUUCAGACGGAGUGACAGAGAGGAUUACUUGAAAGAGUUGUAUGAGACCGCAAACAAGUAUCAUUUCUACCACAGCCUGGCGCUCGUAGGUGCAGCCCGCUGCCGAAAGCCUGCACUGGCUGGCACCAUACUACUGGCUGGCAUGGGGUGCUUCUGCGGAUCCUUGUACCAUCAAGCGAUUACUGGUGACCCUGGCCUCAGCAAGGUGGCACCAAUCGGGGGCACACUGCUCAUUGCUGGCUGGGCUGCAAUGAUCCUUUAAACUCUGAACUUUGACCUCUCUCUCACUCAAUUGGUAGCCUUGCACUUAAAUUCCUCAGUGUGAUUUAACAUUAAAUCCAUAGCUUGACAUGAAAUGUUAAUGAUAAUGGUGGACCUCACAUCUAUGAAUUAUGGGUAUAAUAGCAGAGGAUCUGGAUGGCUUUUGCACAGUCUUCGCUGGCCACUCACUGUCACAGACUCUUUUUUUUUGUGGCAUCUGAGUUACAGUUACCCAGAAUUCCCUAGUAUCUAGAGAGACCUGCACUGCUUAUGUUAAUCUGGCGUAUUGUAUUCUGUUGAAGUUGACCCGUACUGAAGGUUUUAUGCCGCCUGUGUCUGCCAUGCCAGGCUCAGGGGGGAGAGAGAAAAAGAGAGACAAAAUGUUGUAAUGUGUGUCUUAUCACAAACCUCCGUUUCAGACGUGUCUGUGGGACGAAGAUAAGACCUCAGGAUCACAUACCCCUCCUAUCCCCUUCUUUGACUCUUCUACUUUCUAUCACCCCUCCCCCCCUCCACACACACACACACACACCUAUCACCAUGGAAAUUGCUGUUUCUUUUGUUUCUGUUUCUGUUUCUACUGCCCAACAAUAUAUAUAAUAUUUUUUUUUUUUUGAUUCGACCAUGUGUGUAUAUAUGUUCAAACUAUUGUGUUUUUCCCCUUUCAGUGUGUACCGAAGAAUAAAGCUUUUUUUGAUGCAAA